AUGGCGGCCCAGGAGGCUCCAAGAGGUAUGGCUGAAGCUAUGAAGCAGGCAGAGGCGGGUAUGGCGCUCUUCAAGGAUAAGGCCGAGGUGCAGGUCGACAAGUCUGCCGCGGAGGCCUUCAAGGCAUCGCACGAGGCCUUGCUGACAGAGGUGCAGAAGGUCAUCGAUUCGCUGACUGGCAAAGACAACAAGAAGGAGCGCACCGCGAAGAGCAAGGAGUUGUCCGAGCUCAAGGUCGACAGGCAGUACAUCGACGCCUGCAAGAUCGUGAAGGGCCUGGAGCCCGUGAACGGCUUCUUCUCCGUGGCGCCCGCGGCUCCGGUCGAGACCGCGGCCCCAGAGCCGCAGGUUGCGGAGGCACCGGCCGGGAGGUUGGACCCCGACGCGAAGAGGGCCGCGAGGCCGGCCAAGAAGGCGGAGGCCGCGGGGCUGAGCCAGGCGGAGAGGAAGGAGCUCGACCAGAUCAAAAACGACAUCGUGACGCGCAAGGCCCAGCUGAAGGAGCAGGGGAUGAGCGGCGGCCAGCAGAACAAGGACGCGCAGAUCGUGGAGUGGGUCGCUCGCAUGACCGAGCUAAAGGAGAAGGAGUGUCCAGGAAGCACGCAGAAGCCCGACAAGAAAGAGGAGAAGAAGAAGAAGGUCCUGGGCUCCGACAUGCAGAAGGCGGCGGACUCGCUGAGGCAGGAGAUCGACGCUUACAGGUCCAAGCUCAAGUCUGAGUUCGGCUACAGUAACAAGGAGAUCAAGGCCGACCCCGAUCUGGCAGAGAUGGAGGCGAGGCUGCAGGCGAUCGAGAAGUAG